AUGAGCAAUCAGUGGGUUAUCACUUUAAUUGUAGGCUUCUUAGCUUUAUCUAAAGCCACCAUUAUUUCUCAAAAAUAUGCUGCGAAACUUGACUUUAACGAUAAGAAAUCAAACAAUGACCUUUUAGCGGAACAUAAUGCUCAGUCGUUGACUGAGUGCGCCGCAAUGUGUCAAGGGGAGUGCGUGUUUUUUGGUUUUAAUCCUAAAAUGAAAAAAUGCCGUACACACAAGAAAAGUCUAACGUCUGGUACGUCUGAGGAGGCCGGCUGGAGAUACUACUCAGAUAACGGUAUCAUGCCCAAAGAUUGCAAAGAUCUUCAAGAAAAUGGACAAACCAUCACAGGGGUGUAUGAUAUAUACCCCUACAGAACAUUGACCAUUCCAAUAAGUGUCCACUGCGACAUGACCACGAUGGGCGGUGGAUGGACGGCAAUUCAGAAACGCGUAGACGGGUCCGUGAGAUUUAACAGGACCUGGACGGAAUAUAAAAAUGGCUUUGGUUCACCAGAACAGAAUGUCUGGAUUGGGAAUGACGUAAUCCAUAAAUUAACGAAAGGAAACACCUCAUCCCUGUUUGUGUCCAUCACUCUCCAGAAUGGUACAGCUCUGUAUGAAAUGUACGACCGAUUUUCUGUCUCGGACGAAGCAGGAAAAUAUAAACUCUUUCUUGCAGGACCUGCCAUUGGAACUUUAGAAGACGCCAUGUUAAAUACAGGUAAUUCUUACAGAGAUCUGUCUGGGAUGGACUUCUCCACCCCAGACAAGGAUAACGACAAAGCUAGUUUUCACUGUGCUGCUGCCAGUGACCAAAGAGGAGGCUGGUGGUUCAACUACUGCCACAACGCCUUCCUUAACGGUCAAUGGUCCCCGGAGUCCUGGUACAGACCAUGGUUUCCCACAGUGACUGAUAAUAAACAGAUAAAGGCGACUCUCAUGAUGAUCAGGCGUCGCUAG